GGUGGCGGUGAGGAUUAAGCUGGCCCACCGUCAAACUGCAAUACUUCCCCCAAAUCACCAAAACCUCAGCUUUCUCUCAUCUCUCUAAAUCUCCGUCUCUCUCCUCGGGAUUCAUCCGCCUCUAACCAUGUCCGAGGCUGCAAAAACCCCUACGGUCGCUAAAGAAGAGGAGAAAUCUGACGCAGCUGCGAGCAAAGCUCCUGCUGAAUCAGCUUCUUCGGAACCAUCAUCUGGACAGAGAAGGACAACCCCUGCAAUCCCUCAUCCAAUUCCUGGAAUGCCAGAUUCAUUCGACUUCUCAGCUAUGUCAGGACUGCUAAAUGACCCAAGCAUUAAGGAAUUAGCGGAACAGAUAGCAAAAGAUCCUUCAUUUAAUCAGAUGGCUGAACAACUUCAGAAAACCUUUCAAGGUGCUCCUGCAGUUGAAGAGAGUGGUCCCAACUUUGAUCCACAACAAUAUUAUUCGACAAUGCAGCAAGUGAUGCAAAAUCCUCAAUUCAUGACUAUGGCUGAAAAACUGGGUAGUGCAUUGAUGCAGGACCCAGCCAUGUCUGGCAUGCUUGAGAGUUUAACUAACCCAACAAAUAAAGAACAGCUUGAAGAGCGAAUGGCUAAAAUCAAAGAUGAUCCAUCAUUGAAGCCUAUUUUGGAUGAGAUCGAGAAUGGUGGUCCUGCAGCUAUGAUGAGGUACUGGAACGACAAAGAUGUUCUCCAGAAGUUGGGUGAAGCCAUGGGAUUUGCUGUUGGUGGUGAAGGUGGUGCAUCCGGCGUUGAUGCUGCUGUUGAAGAAGACGAAGAGGAAGGAAAUGAUGAGGAAUCUAUAGUUCACCACACUGCUAGCGUUGGCGAUGUGGAGGGCCUGAAGAAAGCUCUGGCUGAUGGUGCUAAUAAGGACGAAGAAGAUUCCGAGGGAAGGACAGCAUUGCAUUUUGCAUGUGGUUAUGGCGAGGUUAAGUGCGCCCAACUUCUUCUGGAGGCUUAUGCGAAGGUGGACGCCUUGGAUAAGAAUAAGAACACUCCUCUUCAUUAUGCUGCCGGCUAUGGCAGAAAGGAGUGCGUGGAGCUUCUGUUGAAGAAUGGCGCUGCUGUCACGCUCCAAAACUUGGAUGGUAAGACGCCCAUUGAGGUUGCUAAAUUAAACAACCAGAACGAGGUGCUGGCCUUGCUCGAGAAAGAUGCAUUUCUAUAAGCUGAGAUGCUCGGAAGCAGUUGUGCACGCUCUCGUGCAUCAUGGUGAGUCUACAAGCGCGGGUGUGCUACUCUCAGUUCGUAUUUGGUGAUGUUUGUUCGUCGAUGUAUCCAGCAUCUUUUAUUUGUUUGCAUGAAACUGUCUCUCAGAGUUGAUACACACUGCGCCAUUUGAAGCAGUGAUUUAGAAGCUUGCCAUGUUUUCUAUUGAAAAGUUGGAUCUUGGUGUUUGUAAGCUUUUAAUUUAAUAUAUCAUCCAAAAUUUUCAUA